AUUAGAGUCGUUAUUUUCACAUAAAUAUAUUCUAAGUCACGAAUACCCUUUUAUACAUGUACACAACCUGUCGGAUUUGUCCUAGAUUUACAGAUAUCGGGAUAUUUGAUAAACAAUCGACACAUAUUUUCAUCGGAAUGAGUUCAAUGAAGAUUCCUCCGAAAGUGAUCCUCGGCCUUGGUGCGUGUGUUGUCUGUGUUGUCCUCCUUGCUCGAACCCUGUCAUGGCCGAACAAAGAAGCCGUGGUCCAGCACGACAAAUCUGACUAUGUGGUAAAACAUGCUGACAUUAGAGACAACAGUGCGCCUAUUAUAGACAGUAGCGCUCUCAAGUUUUCUAAUGUUUCGGAGAUGUUUAAAGCAGCAGUAAACGAGAAAUAUGGCCCAGUACGGUACAGUCAUUUUGCGUUGAGAGACACAACAUUUACAAAGGUGGAAAAAGAGAGGUAUGAUCGCUGUGUGAAGAAUGGACCUUCUGAUCGUGCGAAGAAUGGGUCGAAGUUCUGGGGCAAGGCUGAGCACAUACGGCGCACACAUCACAGUUAUCUUGGGAAGGAGGGUGCCGUGCUCAUGGAGGUUGGUGGUAACCAAGGCAACGAUGCGACAGAGUUUGCACGCCUGUACAACCCACGCUAUAUUAUCCUGGAGCCGCUAGAGGAGUAUGCCAAUAUACUACGCAACAAGUUUGCAAAUAACUCAAGGGUAACAGUGGUUAACCUUGGAUUGGGCGUUAAAAAUGAAGUAGUGUUUGUCAACAUUGACGGCAACAAUGCCUGCGCCACCAGCAAGUUUGCCGGUCAAGGGGGAAAAACACCGUUGUAUAUCACAAACGCCACCGAAUUCAUGAUGAAGAUUGGCGUUGGUGUGUUCGAUAUUGAUCUGCUCACGAUGAACUGUGAAGGCUGUGAAUUUGAAGCCCUCGAGACAUUAUUGGAAACAAACUUGGUCAGCCAUUUAAAGAAUAUUCAGUGGGCGACCCAUAGUACCAUAGGGGGUAUAAAGGAACCGAUAGAGCGGUACUGCCGCAUCCAGGAGCUGCUGUCACGGACACAUCGUCCCACAUACCAGUACAGGUUCAUCUGGGAAAGUUGGAGGCGAAGAGAUCUGCAAUAGAUCUCCCUUAUUUGACUGGAGGGAGAAGUCACUUUUCCCAGGGCUCUCAACAAGUUGAAAUUUUUGGGAUAAUUGACUUCUCCCUCCAGUCGAAUUAGGGAGAAGUGGGAAGUCUUUUAGGAGAAGUGAUACUUGGUAUGAUAAUGUAGAUUUGUUGAAGAGAAUGGAUUACUAUUGUUGGUUAUCAUAAACAUACUUGUGGCGAAAUAUGUCUACAGUAAUCAAUGCUUUAUAUACUAAAACGAAAAUACAAUGGCCAAUCAAACAGUGAGACUUCAAGUAAACUUGAAAAAUGUGAAUUAUUAUUUUACAAUAUUAUUUAAAAAAAAUAUUUUUAAGCCUCUAGCUCAAAAUUAAAAAUGUCCCAUUUUUCACAUGAAAUCCACUUGUUAUAUGUGUUAUCUCAAAAACUAAUGCUAGUGUUUUAAAACAAGAUUUAAUGUUUAUAUCAGUAUUAUUAUGUCUCCCCCUCUCUGGGGGAGACAUAUUGUUUUUGCCCUGUCCGUCUGGUAGUCCGUCAGUCCGUCAGUCCGUACGUCACACUUCGUUUCCGAUCGAUAACUGGAAAACCGCAUGACCUAGGAUCACCAAACUUGGUAGGGAGGUUGGUCGUGAGGUGUAGAGGAUCCCUAUUGUUUUUGGGGUCACUAGGUCAAAGGUCAAGGUCGCGGCGACCCCUAAUAUAAAAAACAUUUCUGCUCAAAAUCUUGAGAACGGUUUGACCUAGGUUCACCAAACUUGGUAGGGAGGUUGGUCAUGAGGUGUAGAAGAUCCCUAUUGUUUUUGGGGUCACUAGGUCAAAGGUCAAGGUCGCGGCGACCCCCAAUGUAAAAAACAUUUCCGCUCAAUAUCUUGAGAACGGUUUGACCUAGGUUCACCAAACUUGGUAGGGAGGUUGGUCAUGAGGUGUAGAAGAUCCCUAUUGUUUUUGGGGUCACUAGGUCAAAGGUCAAGGUCGCGGCGACCCCCAAUGUAAAAAACAUUUCCGCUCAAUAUCUUGAGAAUGGUUUGACCUAGGUUCACCAAACUUGGUAGGGAGGUUGAUCGUGAGGUUUAGAAAACUCCUAUAUUUUGGGGGGUCACAAGGUCAAAGGUCAACGUCGCUGUGACCUCUAAUGUAAAAAAAUAUUUCCGUGCAAUAUCAGGAGAAUGCUUUGUUCGUUUCCGAUCGAUAACUGGAAAACCGCAUGACCUAGGAUCACCAAACUUGGUAGGGAGGUUGGUCGUGAGGUGUAGAGGAUCCCUAUUGUUUUUGGGGUCACUAGGUCAAAGGUCAAGGUCGCGGCGACCCCCAAUAUAAAAAACAUUUCUGCUCAAAAUCUUGAGAACGGUUUGACCUAGGUUCACCAAACUUGGUAGGGAGGUUGGUCGUGAGGUGUAGAGGAUCCCUAUUGUUUUUGGGGUCACUAGGUCAAAGGUCAAGGUCGCGGCGACCCCCAAUAUAAAAAACAUUUCUGCUCAAAAUCUUGAGAACGGUUUGACCUAGGUUCACCAAACUUGGUAGGGAGGUUGGUCAUGAGGUGUAGAAGAUCCCUAUUGUUUUUGGGGUCACUAGGUCAAAGGUCAAGGUCGCGGCGACCCCCAAUGUAAAAAACAUUUCCGCUCAAUAUCUUGAGAAUGGUUUGACCUAGGUUCACCAAACUUGGUAGGGAGGAAGUACAAAUUUCAUGUCCAUCAUUGAUUAUUUCUCACCUACGACCACACAAUGGGGGAGACAUGCGCUUUUUCAAAAAAGCAAUCUCUAGUUUUUUUAUGUGUUUAAGGUAUUGCUAGCAAUGAUAUCUCUUUUGUUUAAUAUGCCCCUGUGUAUCUGACAUUAUGUCAUUAUGUUUAAUGUAGCUUUAGAUCUUUAUAACAUUUAAUCAGUAUUUUCACAUGUAUUUACUUUUACAUUAUAUUUUACUUAUUUUUUUUAAUUUUAUAACAGAUUUCAUUUUUUUGAUAAUUGUUUAAAUUGAGUUACUUUUAGCGCCAAACACAAACAAGGACACCACAUUUCAUUAAGGAACUCUGAAUCCUGUAAGUGAGGUGUCUUGUCCGGACACCAUCAUUUGUUGACAGAAAGUUACCUCUUAAAUUCAAGCUUUAUUAACAAUUGUAAAAAUGAUUAAAUUUGCUGAUUAUUUAGCACUGGAUGUUAUAAAGUCGCUUUAAGUGCACACAAAUGGUUUUGCUUGACAAUUCCCGGUAUCUAAUUUCUCAUAGAUUAAAUUGAAAUGCAUCCUAUUCAUUUGAAAUUUAUGGAUUUUAACCUCUCAAGCAUGCAAAAUAAUCAUGAAAUUGCUGUUACAUGCGAGCAAUAAAACCCUGCUGCAUACUUAUCUAUAGUAUUUCAUCCAUGUGAUUAAAUUUCUACGCAUUUUGUGAUUAUUUUUUUAAUGCUUAAAGCUGCACUGUCACAGAUUUACCGUUUUGACAACUUUUUUAUUUUUUGUCUGGAAACAAGCCAAUUUUUGCGAAAAUACAUGUUAAUAAGUCAAAUACAACUGCUGACAAAAAAUUAGAUCACAGAAUUUAAGUUCAAAAAUUGAUGUGUUAUGCAUUUUCCUUAAACCGUUAUUAAGCCAUAAAACAUUAAUUUUCGAACGGAAGUAUGAAAAUCUGGGAUCUGAUUUUUUGUCAGCAAUCUUAUAUCAUUGGUUUGCAGAUAUUUACGCAAAAAUUUGCUCUUUCCAAGACAAAAAAUUAAAAAGUUGUAAAAAUGGUAUAUCUGUGAGAGUGCAGCUUUAAAGCACUCUUUACGUAAAAAUUAAUGUUUUAUGGCUUAAACCUUAACUAACGAUUUAUGAAAAAUGCUUAAAAGAACAGUUUUUGAACUUAAAUAUAUAUAAAAAUCUGCAAUCUAAUUUUUUUGUCAGCAGCCUUAUAUAUGCAUUUUCACCAAAAAUUGACUUGUUCCAAGAAAAUUAUAAAGUUGUCUAAACCAGCUUUAUGUAUAAAGUUCUUAGAGACUAAACAGAAUAGUUUAAGAGCCCUUCUACAUCUACAUGCGCCAUGUGAAAUUCUUUGUAAAACAGACAUAUUAUAGCUGGUACUAACACAAAGAACUAAGUUAAAUUUUUCGAAGGGUCACCUGACUUGAGCAAUGGACACUUGAUUUCAUCUGGUGGUGUCCCAUCGGAAUCCCUUGAAAAUUUGUUAGCGUCAACCCCUUUUUUUGCUUAUAUAUAUUUAUUAAAUUAUAUUUAUAAGCAUCAAACAGCAGCUGGCAGAUAUUCAUCCGAACAGAGAUAAGUAAAUUGAAAUCUUACACCAGGCAAUUUCAAAUAGCAUUGAUAAUGCUUUUGAACAAGUGGAAGCAUUUACUACACCAGGCAAUUUCAAAUAGCAUUGAUAAUGCUUUUGAACAAGUGGAAGCAUUUACUGUCACAUUUUCGUGAAUUUUCAGUUUUUUUUUUCGUGGCUUUAAUAAUAUUUUUGUCCAAUUUUAUGCUAUAUAAUGCAUUUGUCAAUGUCUACACUGUAUACAAUUUGAAAGUUCCUUUUAAAUGAACUGUGAUCUUAGUAAGUGCAUGUUAUGGUUUAUACAACAUGUAUUUUUUGUUUUUAUUUCAUAUUUCACUUUUUCCUCAUUUUCAUUAAGUUAUAGUAGAAUCUCAUUUUUAUCUUAGAUUAUUUUAAUUGAUGAAAGUUUAUUUCAUACUGAGAUAUAAAUAUUUGAGGCUUUUUUUUAUUUCUUUAAACUUAAAUUCCAUUCCAGCUUAAAUCUAAGCACAUUUGUUCGCUUAAACUAACCCAAACGAAUGUAAAAAAUACUCGAUCACCUCAUACACAUUAUAUAUUGUGAGACCAUAUCUGGUCUUCUGUUAUAUGCAUGCCUUAUUAAAUGCUAAAUGCAGUGGCUGAAGUUUCAAAUUUAAGCUCAUAUAUAUGCAGUGAUUUUUUUCAGUGCAAUGUGCAGCUUUCUAAAGGCUGUUUCCCCUAAAGAACUGAUAAUUUUCCCCAAAAAUUGAUGAUAUUUUCACAAUUGAUUGAAUACAGAUCCUUUGAACGAAUUAAAAAGCAAUUUUUUUUUUAAUAAACAAAUUCUUGAUAAGACUAGCUCUUUUACAUAAUGUAUGCAUAAAAAAGUAAAAACAAGUAUAUUUGCUAUUAUAUUUUCGUUUUUAGCAUGAUUUUUGCAUUUUUCCAAAUUCUCAAUUUGGAAGGAUGAAAAUAAUUCACUGAUAUGUGUGCUUUUGAAGUAUAUUCCUUUUAAUGCCCUCUUUUAAAAGGUUGGUGAUGGUCAGAUUGUCUGAUAAUUCCUCAGUAGUUCUGUCAGCAGAUGGACCAAGUUUCCUCUGCACAGUAAAAUCAAGAUUGGUUUGACCUACAAAUGUAGGACAAUGGAUCUUCAUUUCUAGGUUGCCCUUAACCCAUAGAUGACCCCUUUUGGUUUUUUUUAGGUCAGUAGGUUAAAGGUCACCGUCAAAAGUCUUAUGAAACUUGGUGUGCACAAUAACUUGAAAGCAGGUGCCCUUGACCAUUAGAGGACUGUGAAAAUUCAGACUACAGAGGUUGCCCUUGGCCAGUAGAUGACCCCUAUUCUUUGUUGAUGUCAGGAAGUCAAAAGUAACUGCCAAAAGUCUUGUAAAAACUUGCCUGCACUAUAAUUCCACAACAGUUUUACCUAGAACCAUGGAACUUCUCUGGUAUGUUGCCAUUAACUAUAAGAUUGCUCCUAUUCCUUUUGAUGUUAAAAGUCAACGUUAACAACUUGGUCAACAGCUUAAUAAAAGUUUGUUUGAAAUGUUGGCUUAACAUUCACAAAAGCCUUGUGCAACCAUUCAUAAUUAAUGGAAUUAAAAUCUUAAAAAUCACAUUAAUUCAAUUCUCCACAUGUUUCUAACAAAGUGGUCAUAGGGGGCAUAUUGUUUGGCAGACUAUAGCGAUUUUAGCUAUUGGUUGUGAAGCUGUUAGGAAUUUAAUAUCAUUCCAUAUUAAUGCUCUAGCAUAUUUAUACAUCAGAAAUGUUCAUAAGAAUUCUUCCUGACCUGUUCCUAUACCUUAAUUUUUAUUAUAAAUGCUGUGAUUAAUUUUAUUGUAAUUCAGAUUCACUUUUUUUGUCUCUUGUGUGUUUAUUAGCUCAUCUGUUGGUCGAAGAAAAAAAGUUUUUGUCCCAUGUUGUUUUUUUAAACCACGAAUGCAGUAAUGCUCUUAUAUUGAAAAUUUAUUUUAAUUUUCAUUCCAAUUUAUUUGCUUAUCUUAUAAUGAUAUUCACUGCUUGACUGACUUAAUGUUAAGGUAAUAUUAUACACACCGCUUUAAAGCUAUCAAAAUAAAAAUAAAAACUACUUGGUGAAAGAAUGGACACAAACUGAGAUGGGCCAGUGCUGUCUUAUACAUCUCAGUAUUUUCUAUGUCAAACUAUGUCCCUGUCUGUGUAUGUAUAUACUUGUUUUAUAUCCCUUUUUUAUUAUAAGAAAUCCUCUGUUUUUACUGAACAUUUUGAUCUGUUUAUUUAUGUCUAUUUUGUGUUGUUUUUGUAUUAUUCCAAACUUGUGUUGGUAUGAUCAUCAUAUCAAUUAUUGUCAUAUUUUUUGUGGCUUAAGCUGACCUCAUUUGCGAUACAAAAAAACAAAUGCUUUAUUACAUUUUUUUAAUCUGUUUGUUAGAAUCAAUAUACUCAUAUUAGUAAUGCUGAGAUUUGUAGGAGCUUUAUUAUUGUAUAAUUUCUUACUAGUUUUUAAAUGCCAGAUUGAAAUAUCAUGUUGCAACAAAUGAUUGAUAUAGAGCCAUAGGAAAUACUGUGUUCUGAUUAAUGAUUAAUAUAGAGCCAUAGGAAAUACUGUGUUCUGAUUAAUGAUUGAUAUAGAGCCAUAGGAAAUACUGUGUUCUGAUUAAUGAUUGAUAUAGAGCCAUAGAAAAUACUGUGUUCUGAUUAUUCAUUGAUAUAGAGCCAUAGGAAAUACUGUGUUCUGAUUAAUGAUUAAUAUAAAGCCAUAGGAAAUACUGUGUUCUGAUUAAUGAUUAAUAUAUUGCCAUGGGAAAUACUGUGUUCUGAUAAAUGAUUAAUAUAAAGCCAUUAGAAAAACUGUGUCCUGAUUAAUGAUUGAUAUACAGCCAUAGGAAAUACUAUGUUCUGAUUAAUGAAUUAUAUAAAGCCAUUAGAAAAACUGUGUCCUGAUUAAUGAUUAAUGUAAAGCCAUAGGAAAUACUGUGUCCUGAUUAAUGAUUGAUAUAGAGACAUAGGAAAUACUGUGUCCUGAUUUAUGAUUGAUAUAGAGCCAUAGGAAAAACUGUGUUCUGAUUAAUGAUUGAUAUACAGCCAUAGGAAAUACUGUGUUCUGAUUAAUGAUUGAUAUACAGCCAUAGGAAAUACUGUGUUCUGAUUAAUGUAAAGUCAUAGGAAAUACUGUGUUCUGAUUAAUGAUGGAUAUAAAGCCAUAGGAAAUACUUUGUUUUGAUUAAUUAUUGAUAUAAAGCCAUAGGAAAUAUCAUGUUCAGAUUAAUGAUUGAUAUUAAGCUAAAGGAAAUACUGUGUUCUGAUUAAUGAUUAAUAUAAAGCCAUAGGAAUAUCAUAUUGAGAUUAAUGAUUAAUAUCGCAAUGUUAAUGGGUUAGUAGGUGAACUGAUAUGGGAUAUACAGGGCUUGAACCCAAAUAUGGUUUCCUUUGCUUGGUAUGUAUCGGGUCUCCUACUAACCCUGUAUAUGUUUAUAUAUAUGAGAUUAAUGAUUAAUAUAUAGCCAUACUAAGCUGAUUUAAUGUUGAGCAUAAUCCAGCAGAUAAUUUUAAUCAGGAUACAUACAAAAAUUCUCCCCAUCCCCUCUACCAAUUUUUGCACAGGUGGGGAAAAAUCCCUUAUAUCUAAUGAUAAGAUAUUCACUUAUUCUUUCUAAUUUCGAAGAUUACUUACCACAUAAUUUAUUUUGUUGAAAGUGUAUUUUAUUGCAAUUUAUUAAACUGAGACACAAAUUAAAAGAUCGUUUAAAAUUAUUGGUGGAUAUUGUCUGUCUUUGCAAAACAAAUGUUGGGGGGGGGGGGGGUUGUGAGGGGUUAUUUUCUUCUCCGCUCUUCGGAAACUAUUGCUUAUGAACUAUUGUCAUAAGUUAUACUGGUUGAAAUUAGGAAAAUAUUUUCCUUCAUCCCUGAGCUGGUUGGGAGUUGGGACCCGAUGAUAGACAUUGAAUCAAAUUGGUAUGGCUCCAUACUAGUUCUAUUUUAAAUCUAUUUUGUUGCAAUUAGUAUAUAAAUUAGGUAAUUCAUGUUUUGUUUUUUUUCUGUUCUGUAUAAAUUGUUCCAACUGUUGUAAAUUUUGUUAUAAAGUGUUUGUUGGUCUUUUAAUGAAACAUAGCUUUCUGAUAUGAAAUAACUUCACACUCUAUCAUGAAUACUGCAAUAUCAGUGCAAUUAUGAAAUAAGAACUGAAUGUGGUAAAAUCUCAUAACGUUAUAUACUCAAUAAGAAGCUUUACAAAUUCUCUAGGACAGGUUUUUAUUGUGUAAGCAUUGAGGUGAAUAGAAAGUUUGCUCCAGAGAACACAAAAGAAAGUCUUUAUAAUCAGCUAAGGAAAAUGGAGCCCAGGGGCUGAUUUCUUGAAUCUACUUAAGUCUGGUAUAACACAGUUAAACUAGCUCACUAUUUUUUUCUUCUAUAAUUUGUAAAAUGUUUGCUGCUUUUUUAACUGAUAUGACUGUAUAUUGAAAGAAGCUGUCUGAUAAUUAUAAACAACUAAGUUUUAUUCAUCAAAAUCUGGUUUAAGUAAGAAUAUUAAGUAAACCAAAUAAGCUACUUAAGCCUGUGAAACUUAAGAAGUUUUGAGAAAUCAGGGCCUGUGUCUUCUUGCAAUGUAUUCAAUAUGUAAUGGUACUGUACUUUCUGUUAUUAUGUAAAGCAGUUAAUAUAUGUUACUAAGCGACAAUUUUUUGGCUUUCAGAAUGGUGAAAUAAAGUUUAAAUGUC